AUAAACUUGUUCUGAAAACGAAUCUAAACUAAGUGAAUUGAAUAAAGAAAAGCCAAACAAAAAUAAAAAAUAAAUUCACUGAUAAAAAAAAAAAAACUGAAUUAUAACCCUGUAGCAUCGCCAAUCUUGUACAAAUAAGCACACAUUAAAUAGCUCCGAAUGGCUUGCAAGAAAAUUGGUAUCGGCCUGAAGGUGGUGAUCCACUCACCAAAAAAUGUCCUCAUCCUGCGAGUAGUUGUCGGAGCAGAUGUUGAGAUAUUUCAGGCAGGGCCAAAUUGACUCGCUGAAUGAUGGACACUCAAAUUAGCGUGAUGUGGCGCCUUUCCAGCAGGGGGGCGCAAUUAUCAUAAUGAGGCAGCAAAGUGUCAGCUUUCACAAAACGGGAUAUGGAAAUAAAUGUUUUUACGAUUGGAUUGUGUAAGUGCACCAGAAAUACUUUUUGCCAAACUCAUGCUGACAUUUACUAUUGUUGUUGUGUACGGGGACAGACUGCGACCUGGGUCCGGCGUGGGCUUGGACCCCAUCCGCGCCAAUCCCACGGCUCUUUAGGACCAUCCUGGGAAUCAUCUGUGAGGCGAUGGAGCAAGAAAUGAGUUUGCUGCCCGGAGGAUGUGACUGACCAGGCUCCCCCGCCCCCGUUUGUUGUGUGGAGGCGCCUCGAUGAGCACGUAAGGUGGGCUAAUGGAAUUCAGCAUCAAAGUUACGGUAAUUGUAAGCUUUCCAUCGGCGGCAACGAUACCUGGGACCUUCUCUGCCUCUUCUUCAGAAUUCUUCAAAUUUCCCCUAGACCUCAGUGCUGCCAAGGCACGUUGUGGCACAAUCAGGUACUACACAACUCUAAAUUGGGCCAACCCUGUGUACUGUAAAAGCCCAUAAAAGAAAAACAAAUUGCUUGAAAACCUACAGGGUGUGCGUGUGUGUGUGUCCGUGUGUGUCUGUCCGUGUGUGUGUGUGUGUGUGUGUGUUGAUUUAAGUGCAUUGUGUUUCAGUGCACAUAUGUGCAAAUCACUGCUCGUGUGUUUCAUGUGUUUCUUGUCUCUCCACUGCUCCCGCCGCCAGUCCUCAAAGGAGAUCCCUCCUCAAAAUGUUUCCACAAUCUGGGAAAUCGAUUGUCUUUGACAACUUUCCGGACCCCACUGACACUUGGGAAAUUAUCGAGACCAUCGGGAAAGGGACUUACGGCAAAGUGUACAAGGUGCUCAACAAGGUGGACGGAAGCAAAGCGGCGGUGAAGAUACUGGAUCCCAUUCAUGACAUCGACGAGGAAAUCGAGGCCGAGUACAACAUCCUCAAGGCUCUUUCCGACCACUGCAAUGUUGUCAAAUUCUAUGGGAUGUUUUACAAGAAGGACGUCAAAUGUGGGGAUCAGCUGUGGCUCGUAUUGGAGCUCUGCAACGGCGGCUCGGUGACAGAUUUGGCCAAAGGCAUGUUGAAGAGGGGGGAGCGCAUGGACGAAGGCAUUAUUGCCUUCAUCCUGCAUCAGGCCCUCAUGGGACUCCAGCACCUGCAUGUCAACCACACCAUCCACAGGGACGUGAAAGGCAACAACAUCCUGCUGACCACGCAUGGAGGCAUCAAACUGGUCGACUUUGGUGUUUCUGCCCAGCUGACCAACACUCGCCUGAGGAGGAAUACCUCCGUGGGAACGCCCUUCUGGAUGGCGCCGGAGGUGAUAGCGUGCGAGCAGCAGCUGGACUCCACCUACGACGCCCGCUGCGACGUUUGGUCCCUGGGCAUCACCGCCAUCGAGCUGGGCGAUGGAGAUCCGCCCCUCUCGGAGCUCCAUCCAAUGAGAGCGCUCUUUAAAAUACCCCGAAACCCUCCACCCACCCUUCAGCAGCCAGAGUUGUGGUCAUGCGACUUUAACGACUUCAUCUGCAAGUGUCUCAUCAAGGACUUCGAGCUGCGCCCGAACGUGGCGGACCUCCUCCAGCAUGUCUUCAUUAGACAGACUGUUGGCAAGGAGAAAAUGCUUCAGAAACAACUCAUUGAACUUAUCGAUCUCAACCAGCAAAUAGGGGUCAUUGAGAAGACCAGCCAUCACGGAAAAACCGACAGAAGCAGAGACAGUAAUGACAGGCGUGAACGCAUCCACACCAAAAAAGGAAGCAACAUGAAGACGGACCGAGAUGAGGGCGACGAUCUCGCCGCUUUGGAAGUUCUGGACGAGGAUUCUGUGAGCGAGCAGCUGCAGGAGCGCUACGGCAGGGAUCAGAUCUACACCUACGUGGGCGACAUCCUCAUCGCCGUCAACCCUUUCCACAAGAUGCACAUUUACGCUCCUCAGUACAGUAAAAUAUACGUGGGUGCAAAGCGGACGGCCAACCCGCCGCACAUCUUUGCCGUGGCCGACAUCGCCUACCAAUCCAUGGUGUCAUACAAUUCCGAUCAGUGCAUCGUGAUCAGCGGCGAGAGCGGAGCGGGGAAAACGGAAAGCGCUCACCUGCUCGUGCAGCAGCUCACCGUCUUGGGCAAGGCCAACAACCAGUCCCUCCAGGAGAAGAUCCUGCUGGUUAACAGCCUGGUGGAAGCUUUUGGAAACGCCUGCACGGCCAUCAACGACAACUCCAGUCGCUUCGGCAAGUACCUGGAAAUGAAGUUCACCGCUGGAGGCACGGUGGUGGGCGCCAAGAUAUCCGAGUAUCUCCUGGAGAAGUCCAGGGUGAUCCAUCAGGCUGUGGGGGAGAAGAACUUCCACAUCUUCUACUACAUCUACGCUGGCCUGGCCGACAGGAAGAAGCUGGCCCACUACAAGCUGUCUGAAAGCAAAACGCCAAAGUAUCUGUGUAACGAGCAUGUUAAACUGGGGCCCGACAUUGUGAGCAAUGCCCGCCUCAAGGAGCAGUUUGACGCCGUGGAGCAGUGUUUCAAAGUCAUCGGAUUUUCCCUGGAGGAGCUGGGCAGCGUGUACAGCACCCUGACGGCCAUCCUCAACGCGGGCGACAUCGAGUUCUCUGCAGUGUUUUCGGAGCACCAGACCGACAAGAGCAACAUCGCCAACAUGUCCAUCCUGGAAAACGUGGCAUCCUUGCUGUGCAUCCGCUCCGAUGAGCUCCAAGAAGCCUUGACCUCCCACUGCGUGGUGGCCCGGGGCGAGACCAUCGUGCGGCCCAACACGGUGGAGAAGGCGACAGAGGUGAGGGACGCCAUGAGCAAAGCUCUGUACGGCCGCCUCUUCAACUGGAUCGUCAAUCGCAUCAACUCGCUGCUCCGGCCCGACGGCCAACUCGGAGAGGACGACAAGGGCUUGAACAUCGGCAUCCUGGACAUUUUCGGCUUCGAGAACUUCAAGAGGAACUCCUUCGAGCAGCUCUGCAUCAACAUUGCUAAUGAGCAGAUUCAGUUUUAUUUCAACCAGCACAUCUUCGCCUGGGAGCAGGAUGAGUACCUGAAUGAGGACGUGGACGCUCGCAUGAUUGAGUACGAGGACAACCGGCCACUGCUGGACCUGUUCCUGCAGAAGCCAAUGGGCAUGCUGUCCCUCUUGGACGAGGAGAGUCGCUUCCCACAGGCCACCGAUCAGACGCUCGUCGAGAAAUUUCAAGAUAACCUGAAGACCAAAAGCUUUUGGAGGCCAAAGAGGAUCGACCUGGGAUUUGGUAUUAAUCACUACGCUGGAAAGGUGAUCUACAACGCCGCGGGAUUCCUGUCCAAAAAUCGAGACAUGUUGUCGGCGGACAUCGUCCUUCUGCUGAGGUCCUCGGAGAAUGAGCUUGUUCGUAAACUUGUCACCCAUCCCCUCACCAAAACAGGCAACCUUGCCCACACGAAAGGCAAAGCCAUCAACACGCUCCUCACCCCCCGCACCCCCACUCGCACCCUCACCUUCGCCAAGAUGGGAGUGCUUACCUUGUACAGUUCCUUUGCUUUCAUCGAGCCGUUUGACACAGACACACCCUACCAUCCUCGAGAAACCACCAACAUGAGAACCCAGACGGUGGCGUCCUACUUCCGAUACUCCCUAAUGGAUCUGCUGUCCAAAAUGGUGGCGGGGCAGCCCCACUUUGUGCGCUGCAUCAAACCCAACAAUGACAGGCAACCCAACAAGUUUGACCGGGAGAAGGUUCUGGUCCAGCUGCGCUACACGGGAAUCCUGGAGACGGCCAAGAUCCGGCGGCAGGGCUAUUCUCAUCGCGUCCCCUUUGCUAAUUUCCUCAAGAGGUAUCACAUUGUGGCGUUCCAUGCUGACGAGGAGCCCGCGGUGACUCCGGAGACAUGCGCGACCAUUCUGGAAAAAGCCGAGCUGGAGAACUGGGCCAUGGGCAAGACAAAGGUUUUCCUCAAGUACUACCACGUGGAGCAUCUGAAUCUGAUGGUGCAGCAGGCCACGCAGCGCAUCGUGCUGCUCCAAGCCUCCGUGCGAGGCUGGCUAGGCUCCAGACGCUACCGCAGGCUGCUGAAGGAGCGACAGCGCGGCGCUCUGGUGCUGCAGGCCGCUUACAGAGGCUAUCAAGUGCGGAAGAGGAUCUCCGACGACAAGAAGAAGCUGGAAGCCUUUGUCGUCCGGUUUCAAACUGUCUGCAGGGGGUAUCUUGCCAAGAAGAAGUUCAAGGAAUUGGUGGAGGAGAAGCAUAGAGCGGCAAGCAAGAUUCAGGCGCACUACAGAGGCCACAGGGAGAGGAAGAAUUUCAAAAGGAAACGAGAAGCCUUGGAGAAGGUGAAAGGAGAGAACGCUCCGAACGCCGAUCAGGAGAAGCCGACUGAACCGGACCAGAGCAUCGCCGAGGACAUUUGUCCACCUUCAAGUGCCGAAACCCGAACUGAAGACGAGGAAGCCAAGGCUGCCGUGGUCCUGCAGACCAACUUCCGAGGCUACAAGGAGAGGAAGAAGUUUAAGGAGAGAAAGAAGACCAUGGCCGGAUCCGAGCUGCAGCUGCCACCCGUGUCACUGCCGGAAGCUGAAUGUGGCCAAGAAGAAGCGCGAGGUGCCAAGAGCCCCGAGGAGGAGGACGAAGAUACAUAUGAAGCGGAGGAGAACGGAGACAGCGAUCACACGCAGGUGCCGGACGAUGAAGACAACAUCGAAGUGGCGGAUGAGCUGGUGGUUGGAUCCGGGGAAGAAGCCCCGCCCGAAGAGAACAGAGACUCCUCGAUCCCGCAGGAGGAGUCCGAAGCUGCCACGGUUCUCCAGAGUAAUUUCAGCAGCCACGAGGAGAGGAAGGGGCUUCAGGAGGAAGCCAAGAGCAACCUAAAGAACCGCUAUGAGCAGGAAACUUCCGACGAACAUGCCGUGGAGCAGGACAGCGCAGACCCGGAAGAGACCAAGGCUGCCACGGUCCUUCAGAGUAACUUCAGGGUCCACCAAGAACGCAAACGACUUGAAAAGGAAGGGAAGACCACCGAGAGUAGGACAGAAGAGCUCAUAGUGGUGCCAGAAUCCUUUGAGAACCUUGUGGUCCUGGAUGGAGAAGAGGCGACCGAGAAACCUUUAUCCCCCGACGAUGUGGAGCUCGAAUUAACCCUGGAUGCUCUGGAUGCCUCUGAUGUUCUGUUGGAAUGUGACGCUGAGAAAUGGCGGGAGGAAGAGGCCGCGUUAAGGAUCCAAAGUCACUUCCGAGGCCAUAAGCAGCGCAAGAAGACGAAGGCCAGCAAGCAGGUGGCACAGGAGGAAGCCCAGCAGCUGGAGACCUUCUCCAAACAGAUCGCAAAGACUUCUCACAAAUUUGUGGCCCUGCAGCAGAAAUUGACGGACAUUAUCCAGGCCCAUCAAUCAAACCCGGAGAGGAACGGCAUGUUUGUCAAGGAGAAACCAAUCAAUGGCUUUGCUUCCCCGAUGCACAAAUCACCCGACAAGAGACUGUCGCGGCCCCCCCGCCGGACCCUGCAGCCAAAAACCCUCAACACUCCCGAGGACUCCACCUACUACACGUUGAUCCACCGCUCCGUCCAGGAUGACAAACGCAAGCCGAGGAAAGAGGAUCCGGGUAAGCUUGUGGAUGUGGACCAGCACUACUACCAGGCUUUGCCCACCAGCAAGUCUAUGCCGGCCAUUGCUUCCGAAGAAAUGUCGUCCGAAAGCAGUCUCCAGCGCAUGGUUUCCGAGGACCAGAGACACCCCGUGGAGACCAAGCCAGAACCUGCCGAGACCAGACAGCCAGAAGAAUCCAAGCCAGAGGCCAAACCUGCCAAAAACAAAAGUCGCUCCGUGGCCAGAAUGCUGUCUGCCAGCAGUCGCACCGACGACAACCCCUAUGACUUCAGGCACCUGCUGAGGAAGACCUCGCAGAGACGAAGACUCAUCAGACAGUACCGAGCAAAGGACUGAACUUUUUUUUUUUUUUUU